AUGGGUUUUUUUACUUAACUUUGUUUUCAUAGCAUUCCUAUAAAAAAGAGCAAUCGCAAGGCUUUUUACUCAGAAUCUAUUCCUAUCAAGUGGAGCAGAACCAAAUGAAGAAAACUGAACAAGAAAACCAUGCAGAAUAAUGUAGAAAAACUAUUAUAAAUUGAGAGCUUAGCCGACUUACUGGGAUAUCUUGCCCAUUAAUUCAUUGAGGGUUGAUUAUUCGUCUUUAGCUUAUCAAUCUCCCUCUUCCCAAGAUUGAGUUGUGCGGAUCGAAACUGUGAUAAAUGAAGAAACAUAUAUCAACAGAGACAAUAUGCGGUAAACUUCACAAGGCUAAACCCUUCUUUGCUGUAGUUUUUCUGCAAUUUGGUCUUGCAGGAAUGGAUAUCCUUUCUAAAGCUGCAUUAAAUGAAGGGAUGAGUAACUACGUUGUCGUCUAUCGACAUGCCAUAGCCACAAUUGUCAUUGCCCCUUUUGCACUCAUUCUGGACAAGAAAAUAAGGCCUAAGAUGACUUUUUCAAUAUUUGGCAAGAUAAUGCUUCUUGGCUUAUUGGAGCCAGUUGUAGACCAAAACCUAUACUUCCUAGGGAUGAAAUGCACAACAGCAACGUUUGCUGCUGCUAUGUGCAACGUACUUCCUGCCAUUACAUUCGUCAUGGCCUGCUUCUUCAGGCUCGAGAAAUUUAAGGUAAAGAGCAUCCACAGCCAAGCCAAGUUAGCUGGAACUGUGGCAACUGUGGCAGGAGCCAUGCUCAUGACUCUAUUAAGAGGUCCAAUCAUAGAGCUGCCAUGGACAAAAGGAAGCAGCGGCAGCCAUGAACAACGAAGAGUUGAAAUAAAUCUUCAUCGUUCAAUCAAGGGUUCCCUAAUGAUCACAAUCGGAUGUUUCAGCUGGGCUUGCUUCAUGAAUUUGCAGGCAAUCACACUAAGAACAUAUCCUGCUGAACUUUCUCUCACAGCUUGGAUAUGCCUGUUGGGGACAGCCCAGGGUGGAAUAGUGGCACUGGUAAUGGAGAGGGGGAAAGCUGCAGUCUGGUCUAUAAACUGGGACACCAAAUUUCUUGCAGCUGCCUACAGUGGCAUAUUUUGUUCAGGAAUUGCUUACUACAUCCAAGGAGUGGUAAUGAAAGAGAGAGGCCCUGUUUUUGUAACUGCCUUCAGCCCCUUGAGCAUGAUUAUUGUUGCUGUGCUGAGCUCUUUUAUUUUGGCCGAGCAAAUGUUCUUAGGAAGGGUUGUUGGUGCCAUUGUAAUAGUUAUGGGCCUUUAUCUUGUUAUUUGGGGUAAGAAGAAAGACUAUAAAUCCCAACGGAUCGAAGAAGAAGCAAUACCUGUGAAGCAAAUGACAGAACUAGACAACAAUGGCAAUGAACACUCAAUCCAUGAGGUCGUUAACAUCAAUUUGUCUAAAGAAGGAGCUGUAGAUGGAGAUGAACAGCUAGCUACUCGCUGUUAACGUUCGAAAUGGAGUUUUUCGGUCUCCAAUACUCAAGUAGUAUGGCGAACUUUGAAUAACAAAGCUGAUAUGUAACUUGUUACAGCGAAGUUUCUAAAUUCAAGAAUUUUGUA